CCAAAAUCUGCACCGAUAGCUUCUUCGCUCGGGUUUUUACCCCGGGUUUUGUAAUGAUUGCCGCACCCUCUUACUCAUCAGGACUUGACGCUUGCCCCAAUAGGUAUAGGUCACGGGCUUCAGUGUCAGCAGGUGAGUUGUUACUCAUUAACGGAUUUCGACUUUCAGGUUCAACUACUUUCCUGCUGAACAGGCUGAUUCUCUUUAAUAGAAGUCCGUGCGUUUCAGGACUCCCCUUUCAUUUCCAAAAAUUCAAAAUUCCCGGAUUUUUUUUUUAAAACCCUUACAGUAAACUAUUUCCCGCCAAAAUGGUGGUUGGCCACCGUAGACCUCCGAUCUCGCCGUCACCGUCAAGAGCGAUUCUCCAGUCGAAGCUCACAAAACUAGUCUCUCGCCACGAGCAAAUGAAGAUCUCAUAUCAGCAGCUGAAGUCUCAAAUCGACACCGGUUUGCAUCAAGCAGAAGAAGUGUUUGCAUCUUUGGCGAUUCCGUUGAUGAAGCUUGUUGGUUUAAAAACUGUGGAAAUGGCCAGUGAAGGACGAUUCACUACAAUUGUAAUCGAUGAUAGUGAUCUUAACCAGGGAGAAAAUUUUGCUUCUGGAGCAGCCAUAGCUGGAAAAGAAAUCAUAGAGAAACGGAAGGUGCAAUUUGUACAGCUUGUAAAACUCCUUAGACAAAUUGAGUCCCAGGUCAAUUCAAGCCAAGAUGAAAUCCUCCAGAACCUUGAUCACCACCAUGGCUUCCUACAAAAACUCAUUCAGAAAUCCAUAGGUUUAGUGUCCACCCUUGACAGUGAAAACCACGACACCACUGUCAUCACAGUACGGCUUCUCCAAACCAUAUCCCACCAUGUAACUACAGUGCUUAGAUCAGUAAUGGAUGGUGUGGAUGACCUAAUACAGGGAUUAUCUCAACAGAUGUGUAAUCCUAUGUUGGAAUAUGCCAAGGGCCUUAAGGAUGAUAUGAAGAAUGGAGCGUGCAUGCGUUUAUUGGCCAUGGCGGAUAAGAUGGAAAAAGUGAUGAAAGAUAGCAGGGUGGAGUUGGAGGAUGCAAGGAGGAAAGCGAGACUGGCUGAAGAGAGGAAGAUUGAAGCGUUAUGCAAGCUGAAGGAAACAGUAGAAAGAGUGAGGAAAUUGAAGGAACACGUGACCUCUCUUUCAGAAGCCAAAAGAGGACUUAGAGAUUCUUCAUUUUCAGAAAAGUUCUCAGACAUGGAGGAAGACCGAACAAAAGAUGACAAGCUAUUGUGGGGGAUAUUGAAGAAGAAAAGAAAAUGUAAAGUACCAGAGAGCCCCUUGGGACCUGAAAUGCUUUUGUAUUUUGGUGCCACUAAGGAUAACCAUAAGCCCAAAGGGGUGAGGCCAUUGUCCAAUCACAGACCAGCCAGAAGGAGCUGUACAGCAGGGCUGAGUCCAAAAACUCCAUUCUUGAAUGCUCUGAUUCCUUUGGGCUCAUCACCUUCAGCGGUAAAUCAACCAGUAACUUCAUUGAGGCACACUGCUCACUGAAUACUUGCUUAAACUUGUGGAUUUGCUAGCUUUCAUUGUCAAUGGAGGGUUUUGCUUCCUUUUCAGUUAGCAUGCCUGUUAACCUUUUAACGGGCUUGCACUAAGGUGCCAUUUCUCAAAUUGGAAGCAAAUGCAUGAUUAAAAUAGCACAAUAGUCCCUUAGUACUGGAAGAGUUCUUUGAUUGUUUAAAGUUCACAUAUAAGAUUAGUUGUAGGCCAUUGCAUCCUGUUUGCAGAAUGAGAGUGCACUCUAUAGUGACACUCACAAUGAUUACAAGAGAGUGAAAUACUGAAAAGAAACGAAGUAUGGUUCCCUUUUAUUAUAACUGUUUUCUACUCGUGCAGAUCUUCUGCAAAUCGUCCAAAAGUGCAUUUCUUAUCUUUCAAGCUUUUGAUGGUUAGUCUUUCAGAGAAAAACAGUCACAUAAGUUAGAAAGGCUCUUGGUCCAAUUGGAGAACA